AUGAACAAGCUACUACUAUUGCUGGACCGAUUGACGUCUACACAAGCUAUUCCGGAACCUCACGUACCAAGAAACACUCCCGAGCAGAUCAUCGAGUCCCUUUCUGUGACAAUCAAGGAGUUUCAUCAUAAUCCAGCCGAAGGUAUGACGUUCGACCGAUGGUUUUCGAAGUAUGAAGAUUUAUUCAGCGCAGACGGGAGAGAAUUGGACGACGCAGCAAAAAUUCGUUUACUGAUGCGAAGUCUCAGCGUUCCAGUUCAUGAAAAGUUUUUAAACUAUCUCCUGCCCCGACACCCACGAGAUUUUACGUUUGAAGAAGUUGUGAAGAAACUGAAAAGCGUUUUUGGACUUCAUAAAUCUCAAUUCAGUCAACGAUAUGAUUGUCUCAGGAUUGUGAAAAACGAAGUAGAUGACUAUGUAACUUACGCUGGUAUAGUCAAUCGCCAGUGUGAGGACUUCGAAUUAAACAACUUGACAAUUGACCAGUUCAAGGCUCUAAUUUUCAUUUGCGGACUUCAAGCUUCCAAAGAUGCAGACGUUAGAACAAGAUUACUGUCCAAGCUGGAAACAGACGCAGCAGCAAUGGUAAAUCUCGAGACUUUAGUCACCGAAUGCCAGCGAUUAUCGAAUCUCAAACACGAUACCGCUCUGGUGGAAAAGAAGCAGUCAUCUCUAUCGGUUCAAGCAGUUCGGCAACCAAAGCAGCAGAAACUCGCUAGUUCUCAUCAUUCAAGUGAGAAGACUCCUCGAACACCGUGUUGGCAAUGCGGUGCCAUGCAUUUCGUCAAGGUAUGUCCGUUCUCAAGUCACUUAUGCAAACAAUGCACAAGACCGGACACAAAGAAGGUUAUUGUAGCUGUUUCACUAAAGCAACAAAGUCCGAAGCUAUACCCGAAUCUUCAGCAAAAGGAAAUCAACAAAAAAAGCAUAAAGGUAAAAGUCGUUAUCAAUCAAACCACAUCCUUUCCGUCAACGAGGUUAAGGCAUCCAACCGGAAGUUUGUCACUGUAUUCAUUAUUGGCAAACCCGCUCAUCUACAACUUGAUUGUGGUUCAGAUAUCACUAUUGUCUCUGUUCAUUCGUGGAAGAAGCUCGGUUCACCAACAAUCACCAAAACUUCUCAUCGGGCAAACACAGCUUCGGGUACUGCUCUACCUCUAA